GGAGGAAGGCGCUGGCGGGCAGUGAUGGCGGCGGGUGAUGGGGACGUGAAGCUAGGCACCCUGGGGAGUGGCAGUGAGAGCAGCAGCGACGGCAGCAGCGAGAGCCCAGGCGGCGCGGGAGCGGCAGCAGAAGGGGGCGGCUGGGCAGCAGCGGCAUUGGCGCUUUUGACGGGGGGCGGGGAGAUGCUGCUGAACGUGGCGCUGGUGGCGCUGGUGCUGCUGGGGGCCUACCGGCUGUGGGUGCGCUGGGGGCGGCGGGGUUUGGGCGCCGGGGCCGGAGCCGGCGAGGAGAGUCCCGCUGCCUCUCUGCCUCGUAUGAAGAAGCGGGACUUCAGCUUAGAGCAGCUGCGCCAGUACGACGGGUCCCGCACCCCGCGCAUCCUGCUCGCGGUCAAUGGGAAAGUCUUCGACGUGACCAAAGGCAGCAAGUUCUACGGCCCGGCUGGUCCAUAUGGAAUAUUUGCUGGUAGGGAUGCCUCCAGAGGACUGGCGACAUUUUGCCUAGAUAAAGAUGCACUUAAAGAUGAAUAUGAUGAUCUCUCAGACUUGAAUGCUGUACAAAUGGAGAGUGUUCGAGAAUGGGAAAUGCAGUUUAAAGAAAAAUAUGAUUAUGUAGGCAGACUCCUAAAACCAGGAGAAGAACCAUCAGAAUAUACAGAUGAAGAAGAUACCAAGGAUCACAAUAAACAGGAUUGAACUUUGUAAACAACCAAAGUCAGGGGCCUUCAGAACUGCAAUUCUUACUCCCUUUCACAGAAUGUCCAGCGUCUUUGGGUUUGGUUCACCUGCUGCAAAAAACAUUCAACAGAUUGUAUACAAGCUAAAUGAGUCUCACUUUGAAGAUUUGAAUACUAGACAUUAUUUAUGCUGCCAACCUCAUUUGUUGCAGUUGUUUGUAAUGUCUGGUGGGGCUUCAUCAUCCUGAAAAGGAGGAAACAGGGACUUUUUUAAAGAGCAAGAAAGUCACAAGGUUACUAUUCCCUCUCUCCCUCCUUCCCUCCCUCCCUCCUAUUUUUUUUUUUUUUAAAUCAAAGACAACCAGAUAUGUAUUUGCUACUUAAGUGUACAAAUCUCCUCAAAAACAGCAAGAGAUUCAUGUGAUGUGUUUUUGUUAUAGCUCUGAGGGAGGAGACCUAGGCAGGAGAGGUUGGGGGUGCACAUCAAUUUGAGUAGUUUAGAUUAUUGAAACAUUAAAAUGUGAAUUCUCAAACUUUUCUUUUUGGGUUUUGUCAGGAAAAAGGAAAAAACCCUUCUAAGAAAUCUUUGGAAAUUAGGAGAAGGGAUUUCAAGUGGAUCUAAGUCAAAGUUAAUUCCCAAUAGCAAGAUCAUUUGAAACUAGUUUUUAUCCCUUCCCUUCCCCUAGAUCAAAUCAAUAUUAAUUGUGCCUUAUUUCACUUACAUAGACUUGAAUUAUUUUUAGGGAAAGCCCCUAUGUGAAUUCAGAAGUCAUUACAAGCAGCAUUGAGACUGAAGUUGGAAUAUUCUGUUGACUGCAAAACCUUGAUGUCAUUCUGUGUACAUAGAAUGUAAAAGGAAUAUUCAGUGUUACUGCCACAUAUGUUAAUAUACACAAACUUAAUUAGCAUUGUAAUGGCCAAAUGCAUUCCCUCAUGCUUUUUCUCUUUUAAAAAAAAAUCGAAAGUCAAAUCAACAACUUUGUCCCCCAACAGCUGCCUAAUUUUAGGAGUCUGACCCUCACAUCUCAUUGGUGUGGGUGCAUGGGGCUGUGGUAUGGAUGUUGUAUGGGUGCGUCUGAAUGUGUGUGAGAGCGCCUUGGAAAGGACUCUGCAGAUACUGUAAAUACCAGUACCAUUUUAAUAAAGCAUGUACAAUAAACCAAAA